AUUCCGACUCUCUCUCUCUUUAAACCCCAUCUCCAAUCACUAUAAAACCCUCUUUCCCCCUUCAAUCUCCUCCAUCAAGCCACUCUACACCGUCGUCUCCUCCUCCUCUUCUUCCUCCACAAAACCAACAAGCAGAGAAGCGAUCACCGUCUUCCCCUGUUCCCUUCUACCCACGCAAGGCCAAAGAAAGAUGAACAGGAAGCCGGGUGACUGGAACUGCAGGUCAUGCCAGCACCUGAAUUUCAGCCGCCGGGACAUCUGCCAGAAAUGCUCGGAGCCGAGGUCGUCCGGCGACUACUCUAGCUUCGGCGGCAGGGGCGGUGGCUCGUCCUUCGGCGGGUACGGCACCACCGGAUCCGACGUCCGGCCCGGCGACUGGUACUGCACUGCCCCCAACUGCGGGGUCCACAACUUCGCCAGCCGCUCCAGCUGCUUCAAGUGUGGCGCCUUCAAGGAUGACUCCGGCGGUGCUUUCGAUGCCGACAUGCCACGUGGCAAUCGGGGUGGUUUUGGGUUCGGGUCCUCUUUUGGUGGCCGUCCCGGCUGGAAAUCUGGAGACUGGAUUUGCACCAGGUCUGGUUGCAAUGAGCACAACUUUGCAAGCAGGAUGGAAUGCUUCCGAUGCAAUGCUCCAAGAGACUCUGCUGCAGGUUAAUGACCGCCAUGAAAAGCAGUUGAAGGAUGGAGACUUUGCCUUGGCAGGGGCUUCUCUCCUCAAAAUCACAUUUUGUCAGCCUUUUCUGCAGUUUUUCACCUUCUUCCUAGUUUGGUCUAAAAGAAAUCACUCUGCACACGCCUAUAGGCCCUAGUAGGAGCAACCUUCAUAUGCUCAACGUGUCCUCUUUUCCUUUUUGUUUCCCAGUAUAAUUUAGUACCUGUGUCCUUUGUUGGAGAAAGACUUAAACUUUUAUCUUGAUCAUGCUUUAUAUAUAGUUUUAAAUAAA